AAGAUACUAUCACAUUUAAAGCAAAACUUCUCUCCCACGCCCAAAUCAAGUCCAUAACUAACUAUGAAAAAUAUGAAGAUUCAGAAAUACCAAUUUCCUUUAUUAUUCAUUGUUAUGCUUUUAGUUAUUAAUCCCUACCAUAUUUAUAUCUUAGCAGAUAGAAUACAUGAUCAUAAUGAGAGAAGAACAUACAUAGUACAUAUGGAUAAGUCCCAUAUGCCAAUGAGUUUUACAGACCACCAUGAAUGGUACUAUUCUUCCCUUAAGUCCGCAACAGAUUCUGCAGAGAUGCUGUACACAUACAACAGUGUAAUUCAUGGGUUCUCGACGAGGCUAACCGAUGAGGAAGCGAACUCACUACAAAAUCAACCAGGGAUUCUGUCACUUGUGCCAGAAAUUCGGUAUGAGCUUCACACAACUCGAACGCCCGAGUUUUUGGGGCUUGGAAACAAUGAUCAUCUCAUCCCUGCAUCGACUGCACAGGGUGAUGUAGUCGUUGGGGUGAUCGACACAGGAGUGUGGCCCGAACAAAAGAGCUUCGAUGACAUGGGUUUCGGCCCUGUGCCUGUUUCUUGGAAGGGAAAGUGUGAGUCAGGCACAAAUUUUAAGGUGUCAGAUUGUAACAGAAAGCUUAUAGGAGCAAGGUUUUUCUGCAAGGGGUAUGAAGCUGUUCUUGGGCCAAUCGAUGAAUCGACAGAGAGUAGAUCACCAAGGGAUGAUGAUGGUCAUGGGACUCAUACAGCAAGUACAGCAGCAGGUUCAGCUUCUGGGAGUGCUAGUCUGUUUGGAUAUGCAAGCGGGACAGCUCGAGGGAUGGCCCCACAUGCUAGGAUUGCAGCAUACAAAGCUUGCUGGUUGGGUGGGUGUUUUACCUCUGAUAUAUUAGCGGCAAUGGAGGCUGCAAUUGAUGAUGGGGUGAAUGUUUUAUCCAUGUCUAUUGGCGGUAGUAUCUCUGACUACGACAGGGACACGGUUGCUGUAGGCGCCUUUUCAGCGAUGAGAAAUGGGAUCUUAGUAUCCUGCUCGGCUGGGAACGCAGGGCCAGACUCCGGUAUCCUGUCUAAUGUGGCUCCAUGGAUAACCACUGUGGGCGCUGGUACAAUAGACCGUGAUUUCCCAGCACAUGUUAUCCUAGGCGAUGGGCGGAAUUUUACUGGUGCGUCAUUGUACAGUGGUAAAGCUCUUCCGAACAGGUUACUGUCCUUGGUUUAUGCAGGAAAAGCAAGCAACAUGACAGGAAGCAAUUUCUGCAUGAGUGGUAGCUUAAAUUCUGAAACUAUUUCAGGAAAGAUAGUCGUGUGUGAUCGAGGGGGUAACUCGAGGGUCCAAAAGGGUUUGGUGGUGAAGAAGGCGGGUGGCGUUGGGAUGAUCUUGGCGAACACUGAAGCCUAUGGAGAAGAACUAGUAGCCGAUGCACACCUCAUACCGGCAGCAUCUCUAGGACAAAAAGAAGCCGGUGAUAUCAAGAAGUACAUAACAUCUAAUAAGAAACCAACGGCAACAAUCGGGUUCUCAGGGACAAAGCUUGGGGUGGAGCCCUCACCGGUAGUAGCAUCAUUCAGCUCUAGAGGUCCAAAUCCAAUUACACCGGAGAUAUUGAAACCGGACCUGAUUGCUCCCGGUGUUAACAUCCUUGCCGGAUGGACUGGUAAGGUUGGGCCAAGUGGGUUGGAGGGCGAUAAUAGGCAUGUGAACUUCAAUAUAAUAUCGGGAACAUCAAUGUCAUGCCCACAUGUAAGCGGCCUGGCUGCUCUUGUGAAGGCUGCUCACCUGGAAUGGAGCCCUGCAGCUAUCAAAUCAGCUCUUAUGACUACAGCAUACACAGCUUAUAAAAACGGAAAAGCGAUCAUUGAUAUUGCCACAGGGUUCCCUUCGACACCCUUCGACUAUGGAGCAGGACAUGUAGACCCGAUUGCAGCACUUGAUCCAGGCCUAGUGUAUGAUACGACAGUCGAUGACUAUCUUGAUUUUCUCUGCGCUUUAAACUACAGCUCGGACCAAAUCAAGCACACUGCGAAUCAGGAAUACAGAUGUUCUAAAGCCAAGAAAUACAGAAUUGAAGACCUGAAUUACCCUUCGUUUGCUGUCAAUCUCGAAACAGCUUCAGAAAAUCGUGACAGUAAAGCAGUGAGUACUGUGAAAUUUACAAGGACACUAACAAAUGUAGGCACACCAGCAACGUACAAAGCUUUAGUGUCCGCGCAUAGCACAUCAGUGAAGGUUGUUGUGGAGCCCGAAACACUCAGUUUCAACCGGGUAAAUGAAAAGAAGAGUUUCAUGGUCACAGUUUCCGCGGAGUCCAUGCCUUCUGGCAGUACCGGCUUUGCUCACCUGACGUGGUCGGAUGGGAAACACACAGUGAGCAGCCCAAUCACUUUUCAAUGGACUUGAAUCUAAUACAGUUAAAGGAGCUAUAAGAGGGCUAAUUCAUUAGCUUGUAGUAAUGUAAUUGUCCAUUCUCUUAGUAUAUAUGGUAAGGUUUUAGACCACUACAAAAGGGCCAAAUCAUGUGCGCUUCUUAUUAUGUGAAGUUGCAUAUAAUGUUUGCGUACACACAGUUCCUUAAACUCUGUGUAUUGGGGUAAUGGAAUGUUGUUGUAAUGUUUUAGACCACUACUAUAGAAAGCAAGGAAUUAAAUUGGGGAGCCAACUACUUUAAACUUA